ACAAUUCUCAGGCCAAAGUAGUGAGCCAUGCCUCCAGCAGGGACAGUGAAGUCUUGAGACGCGGGGCUUUGAGGUGUCCUGGGGGUACUGGCAGCAUUGCAGGCGAGCUUUGUGCAAGAUGAACGCGUUGUGUGCCAUGUGUGCCUCUCACCUGCUGGAGAAGAAACUCUUUCCGGACCAGAUAGACCAGUUUCAAUUGUCCAAGGAGUGUACAAGUCGAAGACCAGGAUGUGUUGGCAUGCUGGCCGCACCGUCCCUGCGUAUAUACAGGUUUGCCGCAGACCAAUGCUGUUUUGCUACCACACCUGUUGUGAGGCCAGAGUUGAUGCCCAAUUUGCAGAUGCGAAAUGCCACAGCUGAGCAGAGUUAUGUAAGCAGAACUUCAGCCAGGGCCUCUUUGAAGGCUGCGCACGCCUGCACCGACGACGUGGUGGCCUAUGCGAACAAAGCAGAGCUCCGCAGAAGGCUUAUCAAGCCUUUUCGGACGAAAACGCAGGUCACAUGCAGCUUGUGUAGUUCCCCUACACCAGAGCUAUGAGAACGCAGCCACACUGCAGCAGUUUUCGCAGAGCAGGUGCUCCCAAGAGAACACCCAGCUUAUCCAUCUGAUGAAGUCUUGGGGCACACAAAGAUGCGAUUGCACAAUUGCAAUUCAUGCUAUGGCCA